CCUCACCCCUCGCCCAAACAUUGACUCCCUCCUCCCUGCCCUGCCUCGCCUCCCUCUGCCUCGCCGCCGCCUGGGCCCGACGUGUGGCUCCCCCGCAGCCCCACCACUCCCUCACCAUGGCUGCCGUGCCCGUCGGGACCGUGGAGACGACAGGCACCGUUGAUCCUCGCAGGAAAACUCUAGCGGCAGCGGUGGCGGGCAUGCUGCAGGAGGCGGGGUUCAUGGCUUUUGAGAAGGCGGCGCUGGGCACCCUGACGGAGAUACUGCAGAGCUUGCUGAGUGAGAUUGGCCGCAGCAGCCGGGCAUACUGUGAGCAGGCCUACCGCACAGAGCCAGUGGGUGCAGACGUGGUGAUGUCGCUGGUUGACAUGGGCAUCAGCAUGGAGGGUUUGCAGGCCUUCAGGGUUCGGCCCAACAGGGUGGUCAUCACAGCACCAUCACAGCAAGUGGACCUAAAGCAACACAAUGUCUUACAAGUUGGGGACAAGAAGCCACACCCUUACCAUAUCCCUGACCACCUGCCAGACUUCCCUGACACCCACACCUACUGCUUCUCCCACACGUACAAGCAGCCGGUGACAGAGUAUGAGGCAAUCAGGGAGAAGGCCGCAGCACAGAAGAGGGAUAUCGAGAGAGCACUGACUAAGUUUGCUGCCAAGACCAGGGACACACAGAACCUCUUCUUCACUGAUGACAAAGAGUUCCUGUUGGUGGCAGUGGCACCUAACUCCAAGGCCUACCUGGAUGCCCUCAUGCCACGGGACCAGGUGUUUGAGGAGGAGGAGGAACGGGCCAGAAAGAAGAAGAGGAGGCCAGUGCCGGAGGAGAGUGAGGCCCAGGAAAAGGACAAACUAAAUGAGUCACAGGAAGGGGAGCUGGACAACCCUUACCUCCGCCCUGUUAAGAUGCCUCGCAAGGGCAAGACCAAAAAGUGAGGGACAAGGGUGGAAGACUAGACAGAACAGCCACCUUAAUAAAACUUUUUCCCUAUAAUAGGAGAGAAGGCAAGUGCCCCCUUAAUUCAAGAAUGUAAAUCAAUGGAAGUGAAAAUAAAUCAGCCAUUCAGUGAUGGAACAGAAAACCUAUCGAGCAGUGACUCACUUCUAUGGAGUUCAGGAAAACAUACACAAGAAAAGAAGGUAGGGUUGAAUAGUUUGUCCAUCCGGUAACUAGCAGACACAGACAAAGGCACAAAAAAACAAAAAUAGAAGAAAAGGAAAGAUAUUGUCAAAAAGGUCUUAGGACAAAAACCUUGAAUAUGCAGAGGAGUAACAGCCAGUACAUCUCAUCCCCGACUCUUGUAGUCUUCAAGGUCAGGCAAAGUUUAUGAAAUUAAACAUCCUGGCAUAUAAUGAAUAGGAGAUUGGAAAACCCUGGAUUCCCUACCUCAAUGAAGUGAAAAUUGU